UGCGCGACCGGUCCCCACCCACCGCACCCACCACGGGCGGAGAUCAUGUCCACCGCCAAGGCCAAGGGAGAUGCCGCCGCCGCGACACCGCCCAACGGCGAUAUGGGUCCCCACGGCCGGAAACGACAGCGAGCCAAGCAGGCAUGUGAGCCGUGUCGUCUGCGCAAGCGGCGCUGCAAUGGCAACAUGCCGUGCAACAUGUGCACGCAGUUCGAGUACAAAUGCUACUUCGAGAAGCACCCGCGCAAACGGAGCAAGCUGGUCGAGCAACAUGCCAUCGCCGACGCGCAGAUCAGCGUCGACGAUCGGGAGCCUCCUGAAAUCGAGCCUCCCAGCAUGGAAGAACUAUCGAAGAUGCGAGCGUUGGAGGCCAACUCGGGAAUUGCCUUUACUCGCUUGCUUGGUAUGCGACUCGACCCUUCGAGUGGUCCGAAACUGUUCACUUUCGGCUGGAAUCUGGGUAGUAGUCAGUAUGCCAGUCAGCUGUUAGCUCCCCAGGCAGCAGCGCCGAUCACCGACCUCCUGAACCGCUACCAGAUGGAGCAGCUUGCCACAUUCUACUUUGCGAAUGUGCACCCCAUAUAUGCCUUCUUGAACAAGGAUCGCAUGAAUAAAACGAUAGCAGUGAGAUGGACGACUCCGGGAGAAUGCAACGUUCCGGAUCAUAUUUUAUGCGGCAUUGCAGCGCUCGGGAUACUGUUUUCUGAUAACAACCCGUUGGCGCAGUUUCUUCCCGCCCUGGUGAAUUCACAGAAGAUGGCGUUGGAAAGUACCAGUAUCAUGGUCCCUCCGACUCUGGACGAUGUGCAAUCCUGGGUACUUCGAUGUCUGAUCUUACGCACAACUGACCACCCACAUGCAACAUGGAUGGCUACCUGCACGACCAUGCAUCUAGUGGAGUCGAUCGGUCUGCAGCUGGAAGCCAGCAGCUCUGUUCUACAUCCGGCAGCGAAUGAUUCCACAGAUCCUGAAAUUCGGCGCCGCACCUUCUGGAUCGCGCGAAUGCUGAACUCUUGGGUCAGCUUCGAGUAUGGGCGCACCCGGGUUGCGCUGCGAGGCAUUACAGCGAGAUUACCAACUUCUGCCGAAGGCGAUUACACCAAGAGCUACAUUGAGCUAUAUAGCAUAUCUUGCUACCUGGAUCCCGAACAAGGAGAUGACGCUGGCCAGUGGGAGGACUUUUUGAACGAGCUGAAUUCGUACGAGUCCAAACACGAUGCGAUCGCUUUGACCAAGGCCAAUCUUGGCCUCUGUGGGUAUCGCAGACUGCGACUCACCAAUCCGAAUCUCUCGCCGGACGUGAUCAAAACCAUCGUCAACAUUGGGAUCUAUGGUCUCGACGCAGCCAGACGAAUGGCUGAGAAGGGCAUGCCGUGGUGGCACGUAGCCAAUGUACCAUUUCAAGUCAUCUGCGUCUUCCUCGCCAUGGACUGCAAAGAAUCCCUCCAACACAUCAGCACUGCAAUGCGAACCCUCGAGUACGUCGUUGAUCGCUUCAAAACCGUGACCAUGAAAGAAGCAUUAAAAACCGCUCGCUUCCUCAUCCGCCUCUCCAAGAAGCGCAAAGACGAAGACUCUCAAGUUCUCGCAUUGAGCAUCCAGCGUGCCACCACCUCGGAAGAUCAUCAACCUCCUCCUCACCUCCUCCACCACCACCACCAACAAAACCAACCGCCUCCUGAAAAACCCCCAAACCCUCCUCCAGAACAAUUCUACAUCAACGGCAGCAACAGCGCAACAACCGCCUCCCAACCGCCCGUCGAAGAAGAUAACCACCCCACAGCCUCGAGCAGCGAAGAUUGGAAUUUGGAUACCCUCAACGAUUCCCAAUUCGACUGGAAUUAUUUCCUUACCCAUGAUAUGCCCGCGUUUACGACGUUUGCUCCCGAUGGUACAAUGUAGAAAAAGAAAAAUGUAAUGAAUAUCUAGAGAUGCCCAUGGCGGCGGCGACGGUGGCGGAUUUUGCCCAAAGAUGGAUGAUACCCUUUUGUUGUUACUACCUACUACUCUUUUUACUAUAUAGAUAGAUGUAGAUGGAUAGAUCUAGCUCUGCAACGAAU